GAUCGAUCCAAUUUGCUCCUCUUGCUGGUCGAAUUUUAUUCAAAAACUUAAAAUACUAUUCUACAAAUCAAUCCUUUUCUGUUUUGAAAGGAUAUAUAACCUGUCAGUAUUGGUUAUGGUCUGUUCGUGAAGAAUUUAAAAUUCAUGAAAACACCAAUGAUAGUAUUAACGACAAUGAACUUCCAUGUCGAAUAAAAUGUCAUGUUGAUGGUGUGGAAUGGUUUGCCUAUAACAAGACUUCUGCAUAUGAUAUCCUUGACAGUGUUCUGUCGCAAGUACAUAAUAUUAACUCUUCAGAGUUUCCCGACUCUUCUAGCAUAAUCAAUAAUGAAGUAGAUGACAUUGCUA